UCGUGACGCUUGAGGCCGGUCGCGUCAGGGUCGAACUCAAUCGGCACUCGGCAGUCCUCCGUAAGAAACCUUUCGAUGUGGUUGUGUGCUAGCAAAUAUAAUCAAUUUACGAUAGUGAAUACUGAUAAGUUAUCUUUUGCGGAUAUCAGCCGUUAUAGUUGAUUAUUAGAAAAGGUAUAUCAAGUCAAAUAUUCUGUGAGUUUGAGAUGGCGUUAGAAAGACCACAUUUUGACUACCAGGAAGAAUCGCACAGCGAGCGGUUGGCGCGCAAGUCUAAGGAGUCACCUUUUAUGGUCAUAGGCAUAGCUGGUCUGGCGGCCGCAGUUGGCUAUGGUGCGUAUGCAUACAAGAGACGUGGCGCUAUGAGUACCAGCGUAUUCCUGAUGCAGUUCCGAGUGAUCGCCCAGGGGACGGCGGUGGGCGCACUCACCGUCGGAAUGAUAUACACGCUUUACAAGAACCAUUUUAAUAAACAGCCACAACUUACCGAUACUAUCAUACCAAAAUCCAACGGACACUAGUUGUAAUUUGUAGACUAAUGUUGAAUUGUUAGAUCAUUUAAACUGUAUCUAGAUAGACUGUGGCAGCUGUGAAAACGUUGACAUUAAACCUCUAUUUUAAGCAAUGCACACUAACAAAAAAUUACAUACAAAUUGCGAGUGUAAGACGCAGCUUGUCACGCACAUUAAAUAAAGUAAUAAAUCUGGCCUGUUAUCAUCGGUUGUCUAGCAGCAAGAGGCUCUAUCUAGAUGUAUUAAUUAUCUAAAGUUAAAUUAAAAGUAUGUUAGGAUGAAGCUUCACAUUCUUGAAAAGAAUAUGAAAGCUUCUUAAAGUAUUAAUGAAUGAAGCAUUUACCUGUAAAUAUAUUAGAUAUGUCUAACGGUGUAUUUUAUUACUUACCGACAAUAAAUAGUGUAAAUUUUAUUGGUUCUUAUGUAAGUAUUAGGUAAAUAUUUCACCUGUGUCAUGGAACGUUUUAUUUAGACAUCAAUUAAUAAUUUAUUUUUGCUAACAUUAAUUUGUUUACUUUAAAAAUCAGAUUGAAAAUCAAUAAUGUUAUCUACGAGUGCUUUGAACACAGUUUAAUGAUUAAUUUAUUAUUAGUCGUGAGGUAAUUUAUUUACUAAAUAGGUAUUUAUUUUGUGAUAUCUCGAAAUAAAUGAUUUAAUAUAA